AUGCGGCCUGCUGUCAUUCCCCGCCUUUCCAGACACAUCCGUAACUGGAAGUACGAAGUUUAUCCAAUCGGAGAGACGCCUUGCUUUAUUGACACGCCCUCUUUCGCCUUCAAGGCCAAUCAUCGCUUUGGAACGCGGUUGCUCUUCGUGACUCCCAUCUCCAACACUACUCUGUCAUUCUGUGGCACUGAUAACUCCUCAGCGUAUAAGGUUGAUAAUGGCCUUCUUAAUAAUGGCUGCUUUUUGGAUGCACUAGGUGUUGUCCCUCAUGUUUUUCUACUUUUCAGCACCUUUCCUAUCCUCUUUAUUGGCUGGGGGAGUCAGAGCUCAAAGGUUCACAUUCACCACAGCACGUGGCUUCACUUCCCGGGCCAUGAGAUUCGCUGGCUACUAACCACUGUUCUACUCUUUGUGCUGGUGUGUGAGAUUGCUGAGGGAAUCGUCUCAGAUGGGUUUAAUCAGUCCCGUCAUCUCCACCUCUACAUGCCAGCAGGGCUCGGAAUGCUUGCUGCAAUAACCUCAAUCGUCUAUUACCAUAAUAUUGAGACCUCCAACUUCCCCAAGCUGCUUAUAGCAUUGCUGAUAUACUGGACUUUGGCCUUUAUCACCAAAACCAUCAAGUUUGUGAAGUAUGAUGGUCAUGGAAUCGGCCUGAGUGAGCUGCGCUUCUGCAUCACAGGAAUGUUGGCGCUCAUCUAUGGCCUGCUACUGGGUGUAGAGUUCAAUGUAAUACUGCGGAGGCGCUACAUGUGGUUUAAACAUCCCACAGAGGUGAAGCCUCCUGAUGAUCUCCAGGAUUUGGGCGUUCGGUUCCAGCAGCCUUUCGUGAACCUGCUGUCUAAGAGCACAUACUGGUGGAUGAACACCUUCAUCACCUCCGCACACAAGCGUCCAAUCGACUUGAAAACCAUUGGCAAGCUGCCUAUAUCCAUGAGGGCUCUUACCAACUACCAAAGGCUCCGCAAAGCCUUCAAUUCACAAAUGGAGAAGGGCCCUGUGCCUCUGAAAGGGCCGAGGUGGAUCUGGCGUGCUUUGCGUCAGGCAUUCAGCAGACCUCUGGUGCUAAGCAUUACUUUCCGCAUCUUGGCUGAUCUGCUGGGCUUUGCUGGUCCACUCUGCAUCUCUGGGAUUGUUCAUCAUAUCAGCAGUGACAACCACACCUCUCUGCCUCCGGUGAAGCUGCUUGGAGUGCACUUCAUUUCCUCUGAAGCGUUCUUAGCAAAUGCAUAUGUUCUUGCUGUGCUGCUCUUCCUGGCCCUGCUGCUACAGAGAACCUUCCUACAGGCGUCUUACUAUGUCGCCAUAGAGACUGGAAUAAAGCUCAGAGGGGCCAUACAGACUAAAAUUUACAAUAAGAUUAUGCGUCUGUGUACCUCUAACAUGUCUAUGGGUGACAUGACCACUGCCCAGAUCUGCAGUCUGGUGGCCCGGGAUACCAACCACCUCAUGUGGUUCUUUUUUCUCUGUCCCAAUCUCUGGGCCAUGCCGGUUCAGAUUGUCAUUGGCGUAAUUCUCCUGUACUACCUGUUGGGAGUGAGCGCUCUGAUUGGUGCGACCGUCAUCACUGUUUUGGCCCCCCUGCAGUAUUUUGUAGCCACUCGACUCUCACGUGCUCAGAAGAGCACUCUGGAAUACACUAGUGAGAGACUGAAGAAAACCAAUGAGCUGCUGAGGGGAAUCAAGAUCCUGAAGCUGUACGCAUGGGAGCAUAUCUUCAGAUCCAGUGUGGAGGACACUCGCAGAAAAGAGCUGACCAACCUCCGAACAUUUGCACUCUACACUUCCCUCUCCAUUUUCAUGAAUGCUGCCAUCCCAAUUGCUGCUGUUCUCACAAUAUUUGUGGUUCAUGUGCACAUGCACAGUGCCACAGACUUCGAUCUGUCCCCCGCUGUGGCCUUCGGCUCUCUCUCACUCUGCCACAUCCUGGUUACGCCCCUCUUCCUGCUCUCCAGUGUCUUACACUCCACUGUCAAAGCUCUUGUAAGUGUGCAGAAAUUGAGUGAAUUCCUUAGUAGUGCAGAAAUUGAAACUGAUAAGGAGCCUAUAGUCCAAACCCCAGAAAACAACCAUGGCGACAUUAAGUCUGUCUAUGCAUUACAGCUUCAGGCCAAGCUGGUGAAUCGUAAGUACAAAGCCAAACAGGAUGUUAACAGGAACUUUCAGCAGCAAGAACAGGAACUGAUGGAUUCAGUUUCCCAGGAGGGGGAAGUCUGUAUUAAGAUUGUUAAUGGCUACUUCACAUGGACACAGGGAUGCCCAACUUUAACCAAUAUCGACAUAAAGGUUCCAUUCGGUCAGCUGACGAUGAUCGUAGGGCAGGUAGGAAGUGGGAAAUCCUCUCUUUUGCUGGCUGCGCUGGGAGAGAUGCAAAAGGUUUCCGGAAAUUUAACAUGGAACAGUUUACCCAACAGUGAUUCAGAAGAUAAUGUGAGAUCACAUUAUUUGAGUGGAAGACAUUCACCCACGAAGAGAGGUUCAGUAGCCUAUGCUUCUCAGAGGCCUUGGCUCUUAAACGCCACAGUUGAGGAAAACAUCCUGUUUGACAUGGCCCCCAAUGUGAAGAGGUAUAAAGAAGUGAUUGAGAUCUGCCAGCUACAACCAGAUAUUGAUACACUACCUCAAGGUGAUCAAACAGUGAUUGGAGAAAGGGGAAUCAUUCUUUCUGGAGGCCAGCGUCAGCGAAUCAGCAUAGCUCGAGUCCUUUAUCAGCGGACCAAUGUGGUCUUCCUGGAUGACCCAUUUUCAUCUCUUGACAUUCACCUCAGUGAUCACCUCAUGCAUGAAGGAAUUGUCAAGUUCCUUCGACAGGAAAAGAGGACUGUUGUCUUGGUUACUCACAAACUGCAGUACUUACCUCAUGCAGACUGGAUAAUAUCAAUGCGAGAUGGGACAGUGCAGACUCAAGGGACAUUAAAGGACAUCCAGUGUGCUGAACCUGAUUUGUUUGAACAGUGGAGAACCCUAAUGAACAGACAGAACAAGGAAAACAGUACUGAAUUGAAGAGAAAGAGUUUCAGGAGGGCCAUGUACUCUAGAGAUACCCUGGCCACAGAAGAUGAGGAUGAAGACAGCUCAACCACUACAGAUGAAGAAAGCCUCAGGGCGGAGCUGCGUUACAGGACCACCAUUCCCUGGAGUUUGUUUGCAACAUACCUGAGAGCUGCAGGCCUGUUGCUGAUUCCUCUACUCGUUCUCUCUCAGAUCACUAAACACACCCUCAUGGUUGCCAUAGACUUCUGGCUCGCUCAUUGGACAUCACACGUCAUAGAAGCACAGAUCGAAAGUGCUGAGAGGAACUGUACCAUAACACAGGACUGUGAGUUCAGUCACUCAUCAUAUCUACAGGUGUUCUGUGUAUUGUGUGGUUUGGGUAUAGUGCUGUGUCUGGUCACUUCUCUGGCUGUGGAGUGGACAGGCUUACGGGUGGCCAAAGAACUUCACUGCAGCCUUCUCCGCAUCAUUGUACUCGCACCCAUGAGGUUGUUUGAGACGACUCCACUGGGGAACAUUCUAAACAGAUUCUCAACCGAUACCAACACAAUUGACCAGCAUAUUCCAGUGACCAUGGAGUGUUUGAGUCGCUCCACUCUGUUGUGUGUGUCUGCUUUGGGCGUCAUCUCUUACGUCACACCCGUCUUUCUCAUCGCUCUGCUCCCAUUGGCUACCGCCUGUUACUUCAUACAGAAGUAUUUCAGGGUAGCAUCCAGAGACUUGCAGCAGUUGGAGGACAGCACUGAGAUGCCUCUACUGUCCCAUUUCUCACAGACCAUAGAGGGACUGACCACUAUCAGAGCUUUCAGGCAUGAGCAGAGGUUUAAGAAGAAAUUGCUAGAAUACACAGAUGCAAAUAAUAUCUCCUCCCUCUUCCUCAUGUCAGCCAAUCGCUGGCUGGAGGUUCGCAUGGAGUACAUUGGGGCUUUUGUGGUGCUCAUAGCUGCUGUUGCCUCUAUAACUAAUGCUUUAUACUAUCAGCUUUCAGCAGGACUGGUGGGUCUGGGGCUCACCUAUGCCCUCAUGGUGUCAAACUACCUCAAUUGGAUUGUGCGUAAUCUGGCAGAUAUGGAGGUGCAGCUGGGCUGCGUGAAGAGAGUCAGCAGUCUGAUACACACAGAGCCAGAGAGCUACGACGGACUCAUUACUCCUGCUCAGGUUCCUGCAGGGUGGCCAAAAUAUGGUGAGAUCCAGAUCAAGAACUUGAGUGUGCGCUACGACAGCAGCUUGAAACCUGUACUAAAACAUGUCAAUGCCCACAUCAAACCAGGACAAAAGGUGGGAAUAUGCGGAAGGACAGGAAGUGGAAAGUCGUCGUUUUCUUUGGCCCUCUUCAGAAUGGUGGACACAUUCGAGGGGCAAAUUAUCAUAGAUGGCAUUGAUAUUUCCAAGCUGCCUCUGCAGACGCUACGAUCAAAGUUUUCCAUCAUUCUACAAGAUCCUAUUUUAUUCAGUGGAACGAUUCGGUUUAAUAUAGAUCCAGAGAGAAAGGCUACAGAUCAAAUGCUCUGGGAGGCUCUUGAAAUUGCUCAGCUAAUGCCAGUCGUUAAAGCUCUACCUGGUGGCCUAAAUGCCAUGGUUACAGAGGGAGGAGAGAACUUCAGUCAGGGCCAGAGACAGCUCUUCUGUCUGGCUCGAGCGUUUGUGAGGAAGAGCAGCAUUCUUAUUAUGGAUGAAGCAACAGCGUCAAUUGACAUGGCCACAGAGAGUAUUCUGCAGAAAGUUGUCAUGACUGCAUUUGCCGAUCGAACAGUGGUCACAAUAGCACAUCGGGUUCACACCAUCCUGGGUUCAGACGUGGUGAUUGUGAUGAAGCACGGGGCCAUUUUAGAGUAUGAUGAACCUGAUGUCCUACUGGAGCAGAAGGAAAGUGUUUUCUCUGCAUUUGUCCGAGCAGACAAAUGACAGCGAUGAUGUUUGGAUAGAUAAUUUGGAUUGUGUAUGUUUUGUAUGGCUCGUAUAAUAUUUGUA